GAACCACCUGUGAAACGUUCAAGGUCUCUGUCCCCAAAGAGCUCUUUUAGAGAGUCAGAGGAGACUCAAGAAACUGAUGAGCUAAGAGCAGCCUGUGAAAAACACAAAGAGAGGCUGCAGAUGUUACAGACCAACUACAGAGCACUAAAAGAGCAAUUAAAGCAGUGGGAAGAGGGUGAUAGCAGGCUUGAAAGUAGCAAAAGCAGAUACCAACAUGCAGAUCCCUGUCAGCUUUGUCAAGAGGAUCCUGAUGCAGUGUGGAAUGAACUGGCUUUUUUCAAAAGGGAACACAAAAAGCUGUUGAUUGAAAAACUGAAUCUUGAAGAAGAAUUGGAUCAGAUGAAAAUACACCAAUCUGUGGACACACAUUUUAAAGUUAGUGAAGAUGCUGAGGUCAAGAAUAACACUCCAAAGAGGAAUAUGAGAGAGGUUUCACAUCAGAUGUUACAGAAGGUGAAACAUCUGGAAAGAAGAUUCAAAGCUAUUGAAGAGGAAUUGAAGAAACUGAAAGAAGUAAAUAAAGAUUUGCUGAAUGAGAAAAUUUAUUUGAAAGAAUCUUUAAGAGUGCAAAAGGAAGAUGCAGACACAAGAGAAAGAGAGCUGAAAACACUACUUAAGAGGAUUUCUGACAUAAAAAAAGAAAAAGCAGAACUUCAGUUAGUGAUUGAUGAGAAGGAAAAAGAAGCUGCCUCUUUGAAGAGGCAAGUGGCAGAAGCUAACAGGUUGAGAAAUGAAAGUGAAGAUUUGCUGAGUCAAGUGCAGGAGCAGAAGUGUUUGCUGGAUAAAGCCAAAGCAGUGGCAACCUCUGGGCAAUGUAAUUGCAAGAUAACAGGCACCAAGGUUAAAUUAAAAACAGCCAAGAAAAAGAGCUCUUUGGGACAUCAUAGAGCUUUUCCCAAACAGUCCAUCAAGGUUAUGAGUAAUGUAUUUGAGAACUUCAGUAAGGACGGCUGGGAGGAUGUGAGUGAAAGCAGUGACUCUGAAAUACCAACUUCUGAAAGUCUGGAAACAGUGAUUAUGAAGACAGUGCAAAACAUUGAUCCUCUGCCGGACAGAAAUCAACAACAAGGAAAAAAGCCCAGCAAAGCCCUUCAUUUAGAAGGCAAAAAUGAGCACUCUAAUAAAAAGGUCCAUUUCCAUAAUAAAAACCUGGAAAAGUUACAUUCCAAGAGGAGGAAGAUGUGCUAUCUCAUAACAUCUUAUCCAUCAAUUCUAAGAAAAGUGAACAGAACAAAAAGGAGAAAUAUCACUGCCCAGAAACCAGGGUACUCUGUAACUCUCCUGCAGGAAAGAAUUAAGUCAUUGCAGCAGCAGAUAGCUGUUUUACAGAAUGAAAAAAAGACUGCAGUGGCUUCUGUGAAGGAGAUUAAAGAAACCAGUGAAAAACUAACAAAUAAACUACGUUUGGCUGAUCAGAGACUUCAAACUAGUAAACUGACCAUAGAGGUGUUGACCUCCAACCUGGCCAAGUGGCAACAGGAGAAGGAAGAUUUACAAGGAAAAUUAAAGUUGAGAGAACAUCUGUCUCAAACUGCUGGCAAGAAUGAAGCCACACCAGCUCCUUCAAAAAACAUUGAUUUAGAGAUGAAACAGCUGCAGUGCAAACUAAAGGUGACAGAACAGAUUAUCUAG